CCGGCGGCGGGGUCUCCGGGGACCUGUGUCCGGUGGGCUCGCGCCGCAGGCCGCCAUUGCUCCGCGCCUCCCAGGGGCCGCCCGCCUCAGCCUCGCCCGGUCGCCGCCGCGCUGUCCCCCAGUGACAAAAAUGCUGAGAUUCUUCCGUAGAACGCUUGGGCGUCGGUCAAUGCGUAAGCAUGCUGAGAAGGAACGACUCCGAGAAGCCCAGCGAGCUGCCACACACAUUCCUGCAGCUGGAGACUCUAAGUCCAUCAUCACGUGUCGGGUGUCUCUUCUGGAUGGAACUGAUGUCAGUGUGGACCUGCCGAAAAAAGCCAAAGGUCAAGAGCUGUUUGAUCAGAUUACAUACCACUUGGACCUAAUUGAAAGCGACUAUUUUGGACUGAGAUUUAUGGAUUCAGCACAAGUAGCACAUUGGCUGGAUGUUACAAAGAGUAUCAAAAAGCAAGUUAAAAUUGGUUCACCCUAUUGUCUGCAUUUUCGAGUUAAAUUUUAUUCCUCGGAACCAAAUAAUCUUCGUGAAGAGCUAACCCGGUAUUUAUUUGUUCUUCAAUUAAGACAAGAUAUUCUCAGUGGAAAAUUGGAGUGUCCUUUUGAUACAGCAGUUCAGUUGGCAGCUUAUAACCUGCAAGCUGAACUUGGUGACUGUGAUCUUGCUGAGCAUAGUCCUGAUCUUGUAACUGAGUUCAGGUUCAUGCCCAUUCAGACUGAAGAGAUGGAGUUGGCUAUUUUUGAGAAAUGGAAGGAAUACAGAGGUCAGACACCAGCACAAGCUGAAACUAAUUAUCUGAAUAAAGCCAAAUGGCUAGAAAUGUAUGGUGUUGAUAUGCAUGUGGUCAAGGCUAGAGACGGGAAUGACUAUAGUUUGGGACUAACCCCAACAGGAGUUCUUGUUUUUGAAGGAGAGACCAAAAUUGGCUUAUUUUUUUGGCCCAAGAUAACUAGAUUGGAUUUUAAGAAGACUAAAUUAACCCUGGUGGUGGUAGAAGAUGAUGAUCAGGGCAAAGAGCAGGAACACACGUUUGUUUUUAGGCUGGACCAUCCAAAAGCGUGCAAACAUUUAUGGAAAUGUGCUGUGGAGCACCAUGCCUUCUUCCGUCUCCGAGGCCCUGUGCAGAAGGGAUCUCAGCGAUCAGGAUUUAUCCGGCUAGGAUCACGAUUUAGAUACAGUGGGAAAACUGAGUAUCAGACCACAAAAACCAAUAAAGCAAGAAGAUCAACAUCCUUUGAAAGAAGACCCAGCAAACGAUAUUCUCGACGAACUCUACAGAUGAAAGCUGGUCCAGCAAAACCUGAAGAACUCAGUGUUCACAGUAAUGUUUCAGCUCAGAGUAAUGACUCUCAACAGGCUUGGGGUAUGAGAUCUACUCCGCUGGUGACUUCUUCCAUUCCCUCUGGCCCCUUGCUGGUGGAGACGGGGAAUCUUCCAAGGAGUCCUGGAACAGACCAGCAUGACAGGAAAUGCUUGCCUCUGAAUAUUGAUUUGCUAGAUAGCCCAGCCUUAUUGGAAACAACUAUUGAUGAUGUGAUUGGGGCACCUGACACUGUGCAAACAUUGCAGUCAACAGAUGAAGUUAACGUAGCCCCCAGGCAAACCGGAUCAGAGGAACCUGAAGUUGAAGGCACGACAUUAAAAGAUGCGCCAGAGAAGCUGAAACACAUUGAGACAGAACACGGUUCAUUGCCAUUCCCUCGUCCCAACAUUGAUGUUAACAUCAACAACCAGGAGGAAGUGGUGAAGCUGACUGAGAAAUGUCUUAAUAAUGCCAUUGAGAGCCCAGGAUUGAAUGCUAGGCGAGUUCCUCCUGACUUGAAGAGUAACAUUUUGAAAGCUCAAGUAGAAGCAGUGCAAAAGGUUACAAGAGAAGAUAGCCUAUUGAGUCAUAAAAAUGCCAAUGUUCAGGAUGCUGCCACAGACAGGGCUGUAGGAAGUGAGAAUAAUGUGCUCCUCUCUGAAGAUUCCCUUGCUCCAGCGCACAGCACACCUACAGGAAAUGGUUCUGUUCUAAAGGAUGCUACAGAUGAAUUUGAUGCCUUGUUUUUAUCUCUAACUGAGAAUCUGAUUGACAAUACAGUCACACCUCAGGUAUCUUCAACAUCCAUGAUCACGCCCCGGUGGAUUGUGCCACAGAGCAGUGUCCUUCCCAAUGGACUCGCAGAAAAUGGACCAUCCUUAGUGGGGAAGGAGGGACUUGGUAGUAGAGACGUGAUCUCGCUGAUCUCUCCCCCGGCACCAUUCUUGGUGGAUGCUGUGACCAGCUCUGCUCCAGUUGUGACCGAAGAACCCACCUUGAAGCAGAAGUGCUUACUGACAACUGAGCUCUAAGGGCCUGCCUCCUCCUCGCCUGGCCCCGGAUGCCCAGCUCGCUCCCAUAGUCCGCCUGGAAUCAUUACUGCUGGACGCGUUGGAUGCAGGAGUUUGCCCUGUAGUUGUUGGUUAAAAAAAAAAAUUGCCGGGAUUUGACUUCAGUUCCACGAAAAACAACUAGUGCCUAGUCUGACUGGAAGAGUUUAUACACUGCGUGUUUCCUCAGAUGAGGAUGCCUGGUCUUUUACUUUCUUUAGUUUUCAAAGUUUUAAAUUCCUAAACCAAGAGUGAUGGUCCCUAUGGUUUGCUUCAAGCUCCUGGCCCCACCUAGUGGUGUAAUUGUUCAUAAUGCUUUCGACGAGGCCGUCGGUGGUGUCACUGUCAUUCCUCUCUCUAGUGUCAGGGUGAGUGUGCCUAACCUGCUAGAGAACUCGCACUUUCCCCUGCGUUACCUGGAGUCAGGGACUUAGGAACGUAAUGAGGAUCUUCUGCAGGUAGAUGCAGUGCUAGCUUUCCUUCCCUUUUAAACAAUUAUUGCAAUGCUGAAGAGCGGUUUGGAACACAGAGGGCUUUCAAAUGUCACCCAUAGUUUUGAGUGCUUACUGGACUGGCUGUGUUAGUAUCCAAAGUUACAGCAGGUGAGACAAACCUCGAGAAGAACUGCAGAGAAAUCAAUGGCCUUCCCGUUGUUUUCAGCUCGGCCUUCCUGCAGGAAGCAGCCAUGCACGCUGGUUUCCUGUAAGUGUUCAGCCGGGAAGGGUUAAGGUUACCCUGGGUGUGUUCCUCCGUCCUCACGCCUCUUCCUGGGCCCGGCCUGCAGCCCACAGACUGGGAUGAAGGAGCACAGCACGCUCUGGGCUGGCACUGCUCCACGCUGGUACUUAUUGGGACAUGGCCUCCACGUCCUUUCAGUACAGCUGGAUAAGCAAGAAAAGAAAACAAAAAAUACCAGGACAGAAACAGAAUCCGGGGGUGGGUGGGUGGGAUUUUGUUUCUUGAACAAAUCCCAUGUCUGAAACUAUACACAACAUUCUGCAGGAACUCACAGCCCACAUUACAUUAGGAAUUUUAAGUUUGUUUUAAAAAGUCCUCUAGAAUUUCGUCAUCACUUUUCUUCUGUACAAAAAGUAAUUCUGAAUGUUAAAGCAGUACAUGCUCUUAUAGAACAUAGGAAAAAGUCUAAAAAUAACCACCUGCCACCCAGCGCCCAGAAAAACCCGGCCUGGCUGACUCUUUAGGUGUGAGGGGAGCCCAGCUGCUGCUGGGAGUGAGGUGACGUGGAGCCGGUGCCGGUAAAGCCUUGGCCCUGCGUUGUGGAGGGCUGGCGUUAGACUGACCCUCCUGGGAUCGGCUUUGGAGCUUCCUGCCCUGUGCUGUGUAUGUGAUUCAGUGCUCAUUGGUGCUGCUCAGCAUAAAGGAGCAUCCAGCCUAGAUGUUUAGACUCCUGUGUGGGCUGUCCCGAGCCAUUCCUGUGCUCAGGGGAACAUAUCUGACCGGAAAGCUGGGGAAUUCCGAUGUGUGCUAUUUCCAGCCGUAGAGGUUGGAAAUCACUUUUGCACAAGACAGUUGUGCUGAAGGAAAGCAAGUUCCCCUUCCUGCUGCCGGCCUCCCCUGAGCCGCUGUGCUCAGCUUGUGCAUCUCAUUGUGGAGCGCUGGCCAGUUCUUAAUGCAGAACAAGCUGAAGUGACACCUGGGGCAGGGCUUGCCCAGGACACAUCGGCCUGGACAUCGGAGCUUCAGGUCCCCACACCCGGCUGCGCUCAGAGGCGCGAGCGGCUCAGCAGAGCACAGCGAGGCACUGCAAGCUCGGAAGGCCUACGGCUCCCUCCAGUUUGUAAAGUAGCACUGUCCUCACUUUAGCUUUCUAAUAUUUGGGGACUAAGUUGUUGAAAACAUUCUAUAGCCUUUGUGUUGUUAGGCACCUGUAUUCUUGCCAGUCUGAAUAGUGAUAGGGACUUUCUUAAAGUUCAUGUGAAUCUCAAACUAAAAGGAUAUUUUGUCUCAUGUCCUGACAUGAGGUGUUAACACGGAAAUGAGUGCUUUUUUAAAAUCCUCACUCGAUAUUCUUUUCCAUUGAUUUUUAGAGAGAGGGGAAGGAAGAGGAAGAGACAGUAACACCAUGUGAGAGAGACACAUUGAUUGGUUGCCUUUGGCAUGCCUUGAAUUAGGGUCAGGACUUGAACCCGAAACCCUUCAGUCCACUGAACCAAACCAGCAAGGGCUGGAAAUGAGUGCUUUAACGAUGGGCUAGCCUGACCAGUGAGGCACCAGCCAGCUGCACCUCUCCUGUCCUGUCGGGUGCCUCCCAGAGCCCUUGCGACACUCACCGUGUUCUGCUCAGCUGAGGGUGGAGCGGGGCGGGGUGGGCAGGCUGCAGGCUCUGUGACGGAGGUCAGGCUGAGGAGAGAAGCCGUGUGAGUGAGUAGAGGGUGCUAGCAGAGAGGGCUGCGAUGGCCCUGGGUGAGAAGACGCUGGUUCCUGACAGAACGGGCAGCUGUGGUGGCUCUACAGGCCGGUGACCUCCGGGGCACAGACCGCAUUCCAAGAUUAGAAUCCACAUCGAAGCCAUCUGGUCCGACCCCCAGGUGAGGGGAAGUGGCCCUGCUCACUGUUGAGAAUGACUGAGCCUGGCAGGAAGGCCUUCUGCAUGGAGACGAGGCUCCCUGCUGGCUCGGUGCAGCUGAAAACAGGCAUGAGCCCUCGGAGCAGUGAGCCCGAGCAGCGGAGAACCGGCUCACUGCACCCGGCUCAGAGCUGUCUGCUCCUCGGGUGCGGGUGGGCUUUCAGCCGAGAUGUCAGACCCAGCGCAAAGAAGAGCAGGCUCGUUAGCCGCGGGCUCAGCUGCACUGUGGCCACUCUGUUCCCAGUGUCCAGGCCUGGCUGACGGCGGGCUCCCUGCGGACAGCAUGACAACGUGGGACUGAGCGGGCUCAGGCGGGGUUAGAGUGGUGGCCCGGUUGUCCUCUCGCCAUUGCCUCGGUCUGUGAGUGCUGCUGCCGCUGCUUUCUAACACUUUGUUGUGCGCACUGCUCUGGGGACACUUGUGCCCUGCAGUGGCCUCAGUGCUGCAGGGCGUGGGGUGCUGGAAGGGCAAGAGCCACAAAUCAGGAAUUCCCGCGCUGGUGGGAGGGAGAGGGCUGGAGGGUGCAGGUUUCGGCGUUCUGCCCCAGCCCCUGUGCGGAGCUUGGGGAAGGAAGGUCCUCUCUCCUGCUGGUCAGGAGCGCCGCUCGUGUCCAGGGGCGGCUGGUGGUUCUUUCAUUCCUGGUCUUCUGGAGACACUGCUGAACAAAGGCCGGUCUCCUUUGAUCCGGAUAAAUUUAGACCAUCCUCAGCAGCUUUCCCAAGACUUUGUGUUGCUUUAAGAAAAAUUAUGUUUAGAAAUACUUUUUGCAGUCUGCUGUCGGCCUUCUCUUGCACCAUCACGAUGCUCUGUGGCCAGUUCAGGACGACAGCUGGGUGGUUGCAUCCUGGAGCUUGUUCCCCUCCGGUUCUGCCUGCACCAUCCUCUGCCUCCUCGCCUAGCUGAGCCCUGUCUGAGCAGCGCUCCUGAUGUGACGAGGGUCCGGGGAAGCCCGUAAUUGCCUUCUUGCUCAAGAGAGGCAUGGCCUCUAGAAAGCAGCAGUGGCUAGUUCUUUCCUGCUGAGGCCAUGGAAAGUGCCCGGGCAUGGCUGCAUUCCGGGAUAUUACUUACAAGCACAGGUGCUGAUCCCUGAUCUCAAGCUUUGUGGUUGGUAGACUGGCUCCAUGGGAGCCAGGCAGGUAUGCACAAGCCUGCCUCGCCUGUCACCUGGGGCCACCUGGCAUCCAGACGUGGGCGUCUUCACUCCCACCAGACAGGACGUACCCUGGGCCUCCGCUCUGGGAACCUUUGGAGCAGUCGCCAGUUCCCCUUAAUCUUGCCCUCAGCCUUCUAGCUGCUCACAGAGCCAGAAUCUCCUGUGGACUAAAGAAUGUGCAUUUCUCUUUUAUUCGUUCUUUUCUCCUCUCAAAAAGGUAGACAUGCUGAUCAGAAGGAAGCUGGAAGCCUUCCCUCUCUGAGCCAGGAAAUGUUAGGACUGGAAAGGCCGCCCUGCCCUGCGGUGCUGCGAGUGGGCGACGGUGGCUCUUCCCCAGGCUGAGGGGGCCUCCCUCCCAGGGCCUGCAGGGAGUGCCCCCUCCUCCCCCCUGUGUCUCCCUCUGUGGACAGGACUGUCAGGACCUCACUAACCACUGUGUUUACUCUCCACGUGGGAAGCUGUGCAGAGCUUUGCAAGUGGAAUCUCUCCUAUCGGGCGCACUAUUCACACAUUUGCGGUUUUGUAUGUGAGAAGCACUGCACUGAACUCUGUAUGCUGACGUGACAGCUCUAAUGUGACCACAAAUAAAGCUUUC